AUGAAGGACUACUUUUCCCUCGACAGCCUAGGAGUCAUCAAACCGGACAAAUUGCUGUUAUCUGCCGAAGAUGAACGGGCUCUCACGCUGCUACAGUCGCUAACGCACCGCCGGGAGGGACGAUACGAAUCCGGCCUACUCUGGCGAUAUGACGAUACCCGUCUACCGGAUAGUCGAUCCAUGGCGCUGCAACGGUUCCAAUGCCUGAAGAAGCGGAUGCAUAGAGAGCCAGAGCUGCAAACAACCUUGCAGGAAAAAAUCGACGAGUACUUAGCCAAAGGCUACAUCAGGCUGCUCAACGAUGAGGAAGUUAACCAGAAAGUACUGCGCCGAUGGUAUUUACCGGUUUUCCCCGUGACCAAUGCGAACAAACCCGGAAAGGUGCGGAUAGUGUGGGAUGCCGUGGCAUGCGCCUACGGCACAUCGCUCAACUCGGCUCUUCUCAAAGGACCAGACCUACUUUGCUCUCUCCUCACAAUUCUGCUCCAGUUCCGAGAACGUCGCAUCGCGCUUACUGGCGAUAUACGUGAAAUGUUUCACCAGGUGUUGAUCCGUAACGAAGACCAAUUCAGCCAGUGCUUCUACUGGAUGAACGAACGUGGACAAACCGAAGUGUAUGCCAUGCAGGUUAUGACUUUCGGAGCAUGCUGCUCCCCAACUACUGCACAGUUCGUGAAGAACGCAAAUGCCGACCGUUUCGCAUGCGACUAUCCAACGGCACAUCAAGCCAUCACGAAGUCCCACUACGUCGACGAUAUGCUGGUCAGCGUGGACACCGAAGAGCAGGCCAUCCAGCUGGCUAAGGAUGUAAGGCACGUCCACCAGCAAGGCGGGUUCGAGAUUCGGAACUGGAUCAGUAACUCAAGUAUGGUGCUGGCGGCGCUGCAAGGAGUAGAUACCUACGAGAAAUGCCUCGACCUGUCUUCCGAAUUGGCCACAGAGAAAGUUUUAGGCAUGUGGUGGAACACGACCGAUGACGUCUUCACCUACAAAGUGGGAUGGAACCGAUACGAUCCGGCUUUGUUAGGAGGUGAACGCAGGCCAACGAAACGGGAAGUUCUUCGCGUCUUGAUGACCAUCUUCGACCCGCUUGGUCUAAUUUCCCACUUCCUGUCGUAUCUAAAGAUUCUGCUACAGCAAAUCUGGCGAUCCGGCGUACAGUGGGAUGACGAAAUCGAAGACGACGCCUACGAUAAAUGGCUUACUUGGUUGAAGGUGCUUCCACGCGUCGAACAUGUGAAGAUUUCCCGGUGCUACAACUCCGAGUACCUUACAAACGAAGCCGACGAAGUUCAGCUGCACACGAUGGUGGAUGCUUGCGAGAACGGCAUGGCCGCCGUUUGCUACCUCCGUUUUGCCCACAAGGGAUCCGCAUCCUGCUCCAUAGUUGCAGCCAAAUGUCGAGUUGCUCCGCUCAAGUUCACGUCAAUACCACGACUGGAGCUCGAAGCCGCUGUAAUUGGCGCCCGACUAUCGCAUACCGUCCAAAAGGCGCUAAGCUUCAAGAUCCAUCGGAAGCUGUACUGGUCGGAUUCCAGAGACGUCCUCUGCUGGAUCAACUCAGACCACCGGCGUUACAGCCAGUACGUGGGCCACAGGAUUAGCGAAAUAUUAGAAACAUCCGAAAUGAACGAAUGGCGAUGGGUGCCGGGCAAGCAAAACCCUGCCGACGACGCCACCAAGUGGAAUACUUUACCAGAAUUGACGCCUAAAGACAGGUGGUUUAACGGUGCGGAUUUUCUCUGGCGCCCUGAAAAGGACUGGCCGAAUCCGCCCAACUGCAAGGAUUCGACCGAUAACGAGUUACGUCCGUCGCUGCUAGCACACCACGCUUCUUCGGAACCAGUACUCCGCCUCGACGACUUUUCGUCAUGGGAGAGACUACGACGAGUAGUCGCAUACGUCCACCGAUUCGCCGAUAACUGUCGUAACAGGCGUCGAGGAAUGCCGACGGCUACAGGACCACUUACGGCGAAGCAGCUGCAGACGGCUGAGCACUCCCUGAUUCGACUUUGUCAACGGGAAUCCUACGCCGACGAGAUAGCGACGCUGCAAAAUCCACAGCAACAUCCAGAGAAAACAACGAGUGUAGCAAAAUCCAGCUCGCUAUACCAGCUGACACCUUGGCUGGACGAUAACGGAAUUAUGCGCAUGCGAACCCGCAUAGCUGCAUGUCAUUACGCCACUGAUGGCUCCAAGAAACCAAUAAUCCUUCCCCAAAAACAUCAAACCACCCGCCUGAUCGUAGCACAUUACCACCGUAAAUACCAUCACCACAACCACGAGACGGUGAUAAAUGAAAUUCGGCAAAAAUUUCGCAUUCCCCGCUUGCGUGCGUGCUAUCAACAAGUGCGCAGAAAUUGCCAGCAAUGCAAAAACCAGAACGCAGCUCCAAAUCCACCAUUCAUGGCCGAUCUUCCGAGCUCGAAACCGACGUGA